AUGGAAAGUGAGUAUGACUAAAAAGACAUCGUUGUCAUUGAUAAUGGUACUGAUACUAUCAAAGUGGGAAUCUCAGGAGAGGAUUAUCCUAGACUUAUCUAUGAUAAUAAAUGCGGAUCACACUCAGUUUAAAAUGACAAUGACAAUCCAAACAAUAAACCUUAACUCUUAUUUGGUUAAGAUUUAAAGAAAGUCAUCAAAGAAAAAAAGUUGAAUGUACAGUUAUCAAAUCCAAUCAAAGAUGGAAAAAUUGAUAAUGUGGAAUCUAUGAAAGAAUUCUGGCAAUAUAUUCUUGAGGACGGAUUACAAAUAUCUGAAUUGCAAUAAGUCAAUUUAUUAAUCAUCGAUCAAGUAAAGAAUACCAAAGAGUACAAAUCAAAACUUGCUGAAGUCUUUUUUGAUUAUCUCAAAGUCUAAUCUGUUUUGUUCAUGAAUUCAGCAACUUUGUCAUUAUUUUCUACUGGAUUAGUUAGUGGUCUGUCGAUUGAAUUAGGACAUGCUGUUAAUACUGUUGUUCCCAUUUAUUAAGGAUUCCCAAUUAUGCACGCAUUAGAAUUUUCUCAUAUCUCUGGUGCUGAAAUCACAUAAUGUUUGGAAAAUGAUUUGAAAACCUACGAAAUAUCACUUGAUAAAUUUUCAGAGGAAGAGAAACAAUGGAUUAUCAAAGAUAUUAAAGAAACUAUGUGCUACAUUGCUGGUGAUUAUGAAAUGCAAAUCAACUCCGAAGAUAAUUUUACAGAAGAAGAGCGAAGUUAUGAAUUACCAGAUGAAUAAGUCAUUCAUAUUACUCCAAAGAUUAGAUACCACUCUUCAGAAGCCUUAUUCAGUCCUGCUGUUUUAAAUAAGUCUGGUUUUUCACUCCCUCAAAUGAUUGUUAAUUCAAUCCAGAGAUGCGAUAAGGAAUUGAGGUAAGAAUUGGUUUCUAACAUGGUGCUUGGUGGAGGCACUUCUAUGUUUCAAGGCCUGAUAUCAAGACUCCAAGAUGAUAUUUGUUAAAUCUAUCCAGGAGGUGCUAUGAGAUCAGAAUUUAACUUUGUUGCUGAUUUUCAAAGGAAAUAUAGUGCUUGGAUUGGUGGUUCCAUGCUUGGAUCACUCAAGACAUUUUAAUCUUUAGCUAUCAACAAACAGGAGUAUGAAGAGAACCCUGAAGGAAAAAUGUCACUUAUUCAUAAGAGAACAUUUUGAAACAAAUUAUAUUAGUAAUUAUUUUUAAUCAGAUUU